UUUAAAAACCCUAUUGUUUAUUUUUCAAACUUAAAAACGACCAAUAAUAAGCCAGGAUUUGAAAGUCAGUAUGGUAGGGAAUACGUUUUAAACCUCUAUCGCACACCAAUAACUGCACCAGGGAAGCAAGGAAAAUCCAUCGAUGAUCGGAUCAGAUCGGAUGGUCAGUACUCAGGAUGUUUUGUUGUACUCGCCUUUCGAUUUCGCUAAGGAUGAGCUUACCUAUCGUAAGCUAUUCGUCGGCGAAUUCUCAAAUUCCACCGAAUACGAAAUUUUGGUCAAAGGUGUUUGGAAAAUACUUGAUAGUGACAAAUACCGUGUGCUCGGGAAUUCUCCUGGCAAUCGGAGAUGCUGUGGCUCAGCAAUACGAAAGAUGGCGUGAAAAGAAACCCUUUGAUUAUUGUCGCUCGGGAUCAAUGAUGAUCACGGGCUUGGUAAUAGGCCCAGUUCAGCACAGUUUCUAUCUGCUUUUGGAUAGAGUUUUUCCAGGCACCAAUCCAUUAGGUGUCCUCCAUAAGAUCCUUGCCGAUCAGCUAAUCAUGUCGCCUGUCUAUAUCUUCGUGUUUUAUUACCUCGGCAGUUUACUGGAGGGAAGAUCUAUCAUUGAGUGCAAUUCCGAGCUGUCAAACAAGUUCUUAUACACCUGGAUUAUGGACUGUUGUGUUUGGCCCGGCCUGCAGUAUCUAAAUUUUCGCUAUUUUAAGUCCCUCUAUCGCGUGGUCAUCGUCAAUCUGACCAAUUGCCUGUACAUCGUCCUGCUCUCCCACAUAAAGCACGGUGAAUCUAAAAUCUAAGAAAUGUUUAUAUUUUGAUGACAUUAUACCUAUAAUAAUUUAGUGUUUU